GGGCGGGGUUCCGCGGGGAUCGGGGCUGCUCCCGGCCGGGCUGCCGGGCGGGGAGGCGCCCUUCCGAAGUGUUUGCCCAGCGCGGCGUUUAGAGAAGGAGAUCGCUUCCCCGAGCCGUGGCGGGGAUUACUGCUGGGUGUCGGCAGGGCUCGCUCGGGGCUCUGUGGGCAGCGCUCGGACCGAUCCCAGACCCGGAGCGGAGCCAGGAGCCAGCCCCGGCUCCGGGCGUGAGGCUGGAGCUGCAACAAAGCCCGGCACUGCCCGGCGCGCCCCCGCCUCACUCCUGCGGAGUCCCCUCGGUGCCCCGGGCAGGCUGCGGGGCCGCUCCGUGCUGCCGCCGGGUCCCUGCCCCGCUCUGUGCCCGGGGCUCGCGGCUCGCAGCGCUGCGGGACAAAGCGGCCAGCGGCACCAUCCCCUCCGUGCCGGGGCUGGGGCUGUCACGGCGCUCCGCUCGCCUGCGGUGACAGAAGCGCUCCCUGAAAGCCGGGUCCUCCUCGGAGAGCCCUUGUCCCCCCGGGAGAAACCAGCCCCGGAGAGGGGCUCUUGGCGCUUGCGGCUGAGCCCUGCCUGGCUGGCGGAGCUGCUCCGAGGGAUGCUGCGUUGUUAGUGCUGGCUCUGAACGUUUUUUCUCUGAAAACAUUGCUGCUAAAAAGCUCCAAACAGGAGAAGUAAAUCCAGUCAGCUUGUCAGGUCACUGGCUCAGUGUAAAAGUGCUUUCAUGAGGUAACGUUGGGCCAAAGUCAACUUUUCUUUCUCCUUUGUAAAUCUGCAGCCAAGCAAUGGGCCAGAAAAUCUCAGGGAGCAUAAAGUCUGUGGAUGUGAGGGAGCCCCCUUAUAGACCUGUUAAACGAGAGCUGAGAGGCCCGGAUUUUUGCAAGCCCGCGCGGCUGGACAUGUUGUUGGAUAUGCCCCCUGCCAAGCUGGAGGUCCAGUACAAACACGCUUGGAACAAUGAAGAUCGCUCUUUAAAUAUAUUUGUAAAGGAGGACGAUAAACUGACUUUUCACAGACACCCAGUGGCCCAAAGCACAGAUUGCAUCCGGGGCAAAGUCGGCUACACGAGAGGCCUCCACGUCUGGCAGAUCCACUGGCCCACGAGGCAGCGGGGCACUCACGCUGUGGUGGGCGUCUCCACGGCCGAAGCUCCGCUGCACUCGGUGGGGUACACGUCGUUGGUCGGUAGCAAUAGUGAAUCGUGGGGCUGGGAUUUGGGACGCAACAAACUCUAUCACAACUGUAAAAACCAGCCUGGGGUCACGUAUCCGGUCUUUUUGGAACCAGACGAGUCUUUUGUACUCCCAGAUUCCUUACUGGUGGUGUUGGAUAUGGACGAAGGGACGCUCAGCUUCAUGGUAGAUGGACAGUAUCUUGGAGUGGCCUUCAGAGGACUAAAAGGGAAAAAACUUUACCCCAUAGUCAGUGCAGUUUGGGGGCACUGUGAAAUUACAAUGAGAUACAUCAACGGACUUGACCGAGGGAUCUUGAGCCCCAGGCUUGGUCGGAACUUCUGUGGGCAGCGGCGGGGUUUGGCUCGGGUAGCCUGGGGAGGAGCUGCAUCACUGCUGGCCGGGGGUACACCCAAACCUGAAACAAGGAAAACGCCCACACAGAGCUGUGUCUUCAGUGUGAACAAUUGGGAGCGUCCUGCUAUUACAGAGCAGAGAGCUUUAAAGGAAGACGAAGUGUUAGUCAAAUAACUUUUAGAAAUGGUACAUGCUGAAACAAAUUUUCAGAGCAAGCUUUUAAAGAAGAUGGGAUAGACACCAGAAGAUGGCAACUGUAUGUGAAGACAACUUUGGUUUGUUCUAUGUUUGUUGUUCCAUGACUAACAGACAGCUGAACCUUUUCAAUUUCCUGGAUUUGUGUGGUGUUUUUUUUUUUAUUAUUAUUAUUAUUUUUAUUAUUUGGGAAUGUGUUCUCAUUUCAGGACUUCUUGGAAGUGGGUUUCUAACUAAUAAAAUUCUGUAACCAGGGUAUCUCCAUAAAGCACUUCCUGAAAGGAAGCUAUUUCAUUGAAGAGAGAUUUCCUUCAGGAAUCCUAAAUAGUGUUAAUGCAAGGCAAUUUUUGUGAGACAUCCAUCUUUGAAUGGACCAAGCUGAAUCUUUCAUCAGAACUGGACAAAAUCCCUGAGGAAAAAUGCACAUGAAAUGAAUUGAGCCCUACAUAUUUGAAAGCAAGGAUUCGGUCCUGCUGUGACUGCUGAGCACAGAAGUGGAACAGACGGUUUUGGAACAGGCCAAAUUGUGUGACCUUUUCUGUCAAUAGUAAUUGCUAAAUCCAUAUGGAUCGUCCCAAGCAUGAAUGUGAUGAAAUAAGAAAUACUAUGCACAACUAGCUUUUUAAAGAUGUGAUGCAUCUAAGAAACAAGUAGAUGAAGCCUUUUUUUUUUUUUUGUCUUCACAUUGUGCUCUGUUAUGAAGGUUUUCAAGCAAUGAUGCAAAUUUCUUUCUGUGAAGUUUGCUUUUGCUCUAGUGUACAGCUUCUUGUUCAAGGCUGCACGGCGGAGACAGUGGUCCAAAUGCUUUAAACAGUUGUCACUUGGCUUUGAUGUUUUAAAGGGAGGAGUGUCCUGGAAGCCCAGUCUUAAUUGGUGUUACCAAACAAGUAAAAGGCAGUGAUGAAUAAUGUAUAGUCCUGCUUUUGUCUUUGGAAUCAACAUCAAUAAGGCAAAUCAUACGGAAACAUUGCCUGUUUUGAUUCAGCUGGGAAGUUACCUCAGAGACUGUGACAUGCAUAUUUCAAUCCGAACCGGGAUCCCAAAUGGGCAAGCCCCAGAAUUCUGAUCGGGCAACAACACGUAUCAGCAGUUUGGGAGAUGGUUAUAAGUGGGUCAGGUUACCCUGUGCUCCUAAGUUGUCUUGACUCUUGGUUUCUUUGGGCUUGGGGGUUUUGACUGUGGUUGAAAAGGACUGCAAACAAGCACAAGGUCUUGAUCUCUCCUCCUGGAGAAGGGAAUAGAAGCAUAACCAACGUAUGGUGACUCACCAGCACAGUGGGUUUAGAGAACAGGUUAAAUUGAACGCUUCCUGGGAAGUCUGGUCUGGGAGGCUGCACCUACUGCUGAAGAGAAUGAUUUUGGAAAGCUGUGUGUAACUUUUUACUCAGUUUACGUGAUUCACUUAAUUAGUUUAGAAAUAUCUGUGACAUCACAACGGCAAGGGCAUAUUCUUAUGCCUGAGGGGUCAGUGUUUAUCUCAAAACUGUGAGUACUUAGGGGGAAAAAAGUAUAUCCAUUUAAUCUUACGGGCAGACUGACAGCAGAAAGGACUUGGCAACAGGGGGGAAGGCCAAAUAUCUGUGGAUAGGGGACCCCAUUUAGCAGUAUUUACCCUGGCAAAAUUCCCUCUGGCUUUGCUGACAAUGCUGAUGGAGUGAAAAAGGCUGAGUCGACACAAAGCAGCAGGAAUUCAGUGGGAAGCAUUCUUUUGGGCUGUGUGUAAUUCUGAAUGUGUUUUUAAUAUUUUGGGGUUUUGUACUCUGGAUUAAGUACUGAGUUAAAGAAUUUGUUUUGAUAAUUUAGCAUUUCAUCUGUUGCACCAUCAUCGUACAGAUUUUAGAACAAAAAAAAAGCAAAAUAUAUCACUAUGCCUGAUGUACCUGGAGGCAUAAGGGUAUUUUACUAUUAAACCCCCGUUUCCUGAAUGACACUGUUUGCUAUGAGAACAGGAGCACAGAAGAAAGGGAAGGAGACAGCUGAUAAGAGGAAAAAAUAAGACAGAGUUAAAUGGCUUCUUAGGUCAGGAAAUUUGGUUGAAAAAACAGUUACGGUGGAAUGAACAUAUACAUUAAUGAACGUAUACCUAAACAUAUGUAUAUAUGGUUAAACAUGCAACAGGUGUAAAUGAGACUGACAUUUUUCUCACUUUUCUUUUUAAACCACAUGAAGAAAAAGAUGAAAAUUAGUGUUCAGAAUUUGAGGCUGGUAGUAAAGGGACCUAUGUCCAGAACAUAAUGGGAAGUAAGCAUAAUAAAACAUACCGGGAAUUAAGCAGAAAAGUGAUAUUUCACUAACCAAACACACCCACCCACUCUUCCCAUUUAGUUGCAUGUGUGAAAUUUUAGAUCAAGUUGUGAUUUUGAAAUUUUUCUAUCCCAAACUGUAAAUAAAUAUUGAAGAAAAAGAUGACCAGAAAACAACAACAAUAAAAGGCCAUCCCUUCGUUUGGGCUGGAAAUAGCUUUUUUGUCUUCACUAAGGUCUGCUCCUUGCCUGACAGUGUGAUGAAUGAAAUCCUGCACUCAGGUAUCCAAGCAUUGGCUUACACAAACAGACUUACUCUUGAAAACCUUAACCUUCACAUUUGCCAAUUCCCAGAUAAGAAAAUAUAUGCUCUUGU